GCUUCAUUUCUUUAUUAUCUUAUCACUCUUUUUUUUUCAUAAAUAAAAUUUUCAGAAGAUCAGCUAAAAAACAAAAUAACAAGUGUAUAAUUUGAUUGACAAAAUUUAAAUAUGGGAUUUGUUUGUUUUCAUUUUCUCCACUCUCUCACUCCACUUCUUGUGUUGGCGUGUAUGCUCAAAGUCCAAACUCUCACAACCAAACAAAAAUCAAACCUAAAACCAUAACCGCUCUGUCCCCUUUUUUAAUUCUCAAAACCAAAUUUCAUGUGAAGAGUUCAAAGAAAGAAAAAAAAAACACAUUUCAAAAUUCAAAUGCAAAUGAAGUUUCACAAGCUAAAACUGUUCUUCUUUUUUCUGACAAUUUUUCUUCCGUCAGUAAAACCUGAUUUAACUUCUGAACGCGCAGCUCUGUUAACUCUACGCGCCGCCGUAACUGGAAGAACCCUUCUAUGGAACACAACCUCCGCCACUCCCUGUAACUGGCCCGGCGUCCAUUGUGACCAAAACCACACUCAUGUAGUCGAGCUUCACCUCCCUGCUGUUUCACUCUCCGGCAACCUCCCCGCCGGCGUAUUUUCCGGCCUCCCUAACCUCCACACUCUCAGUCUCCGUUUCAAUUCCCUCUCCGGUCCUCUUCCCUCUGACAUCUCUGCUUGCACUUCCCUAAAAAAUCUCUACCUCCAGCAGAAUCUUCUCUCCGGCGAAAUUCCGGUGACACUGUUUCAACUCACCGGUCUUGUUCGUCUCAAUUUGGCUUCCAAUAACUUCUCCGGUAAAAUUCCGGUUGGAUUUCAAAACCUAACCCGGUUGAAAACCCUAUAUCUUCAAAAUAACCGGUUCACCGGUUCUCUUACUGAGUUGAACCGGGUUCAACUCGAUCAGUUCAAUGUUUCAAACAACUUGUUGAACGGUUCAGUUCCUGAAAAAUUGCAAACUUUUGGUAAAGAUUCGUUUUUGGGUAAUCUCUUAUGUGGGAAACCCCUUAACCCUUGUCCUAAAGAAGAAGGAGGUUCAAAUAGUGGAACUAGGGGUGUAAAUAGUGGUAAUGGAAAUUCAAGUGUGGUUGAUGGAAAUCAUGGGUUUAUGAAGAACAAGAAGAAAGGAAAAUUAUCUGGUGGUGCUAUAGCUGGAAUUGUUAUUGGGUCUGUUGUGAUUCUUUUGUUUGUAGUUUUUGCUUUGAUUCUCUUAUGCAGGAAUAGGAAUGGUGAAAAAACUAGUUCAAUUGAUGAUGUUGCAGCAACUUUGAAGCAUAAUCAGAAUGAUGAGGAGAUUCAUGGUGAGAAUAUUGGAAAUGGGUUUUCGUCGGCCGCAGCGGCUAUGGCUGCGCCCGCGGCGGUGAAUGGUGAGAGAGGUGGUGAAAGCGUUGUUAUUGGUGGUGGUGAUAAAAAAUUGGUCUUUUUUAGGAAUUGGGGUAAGGUGUUUGAUUUGGAGGAUUUGUUAAGAGCUUCUGCUGAGGUAUUAGGGAAAGGGACUUUUGGGACAUCUUAUAAGGCAGUUUUGGAGGUUGGUCCUGUGGUUGUGGCUGUGAAGAGGUUAAGGGAUGUGACUAUUUCUGAGAGGGAAUUUAAGGAGAAGAUUGAGAGGGUUGGUGCAAUGGUUCAUGAAAAUUUAGCACCUCUUAGGGCUUACUAUUAUAGUAGAGAUGAGAAGCUUCUUGUUCAUGAUUAUUUGCAUAUGGGAAGCUUAUCUGCACUUUUGCAUGGAAACAAAGGAGGGGGUAGGACACCACUGAAUUGGGAAAUGAGAUCAGGCAUUGCACUUGGAGCUGCUCGCGGCAUUGAGUACUUGCAUUCACAAGGACCUAAUGUUUCUCAUGGAAACAUAAAAUCGUCCAACAUUUUGCUAACCAAGUCCUAUGAUGCAAGAGUAUCUGAUUUUGGUCUUGCACAUCUUGUUGGUCCUUCAACCACACCUAACAGGGUUGCCGGCUACCGUGCUCCCGAAGUAACUGAUCCACGGAAAGUUUCUCAGAAAGCAGAUGUAUACAGCUUUGGUGUAUUGCUCUUGGAACUUCUGACCGGGAAGGCUCCAACUCAUACCCUCUUGAACGACGAAGGAGUCGACCUUCCGAGAUGGGUGCAAUCAGUUGUUAAAGAAGAAUGGACUUCCGAGGUCUUUGAUCUUGAACUCCUUAGGUAUCAAAAUGUUGAAGAGGAAAUGGUUCAGUUGUUGCAACUUGCAGUAGAUUGCGCUGCCACUUACCCUGAUAACCGCCCUUCGAUGUCGCAAGUGAGACAGCACAUAGAAGAGCUGCAUAGGUCUAGCUUGAAAGAAAGUCUAGAUCAAAUUGAACAACCUGAUGACAUAGAUGAUAACUCCUCUAGAUGAGUUUGACUCUCUAUCUUACUUUACUAUUGAUGAACUGUGAAAGGAUGUUCUUGGCUUUGUCAAAAGUCCCCUUAUCUUUUUUCCUGCCUGAAUCAUGUGUGCUUAUGCUGUAACUUAUUUUAGGGUUUAAUUAUUUCGUAGGUCCUCGAACUAUUUGGAAAUUUUUAAAUAGGUCUCUGAACUUUUUUUUUUGUUUGUAAUUGAGUCCCUAAAUUUAUGAAAAAUAUUUAAUUAGAAACCUUGAA